UUCAUGUUGAUUGUUACUUUCGUUUCAUUGCCUUGGUUUCAAAGAACAGUUCUUCCUUCCCAUCGUAUUUCUUUUAGAGUUUUGGUUGGUUCAAGUUAUUGUAAAUCCAAAUAUUCACAGAAGAAAGAAAGACAACCAACAAAAGCCUUGACCUAUUUUGAAAGCAAGAGUAGUAAAGAAGAUACACCAACACUGUCUUCCGAAACUUUAUUGAGUUUAGGACUUGAUAUUCAUACCAAGUCAAUAGGAUUUGCGAUAGUAUCAGGUUGGACAGGCCAAGCAAUACGUCACGGUAUGAUUGAUCUACAACAUAUGGAAGGAGCGGAUGCUUUUGAUAAAGUGGACUAUGUCAGGGAAGAGUUGGUACACCUGAAAGCAGAUACAGAGCACUUUUACAAAGAGUUUAUUGGAGUGAAUAAGAAUAUCUCUUGGGUAGUUGGUGUGGAGGCUUAUCUAUUUCGUUUUCUCAUUGGUCAGUCAAGAGCAGUUUCCUUGUUUGGUCUUGCAGAAUUGAAUACACUAGUUUCCUAUGAGUGUCGUUGGAUCUUUCAAAGGAGGCCAUUCAAGUUUCAUGCCUCUAAAGCAAGAAGUUGGUUAGGUUUAUCGUCAAAGAAACAAAACACAAGCAAAGAUAUUAAGCAAAUUGUAUUUGAUCAUGCCUAUCCUUUUCUUUUAGGUUUCGAAACACGAUAUCGUCCACGUUCUAAAGCUUUUUGUUCGACCAAUUUUGAUAUUAGCGAUGCAUAUGUAGCUGCUCGAUAUGCCAUUCGAUUGGAAGAAGAAAGACAACUUUUAGAAGAGUAUCCUGACUUGAUAAUAUCAAAUAAUUCAACUAGAAAACGUAGCAAAGCAGCUGAAAGAAACAAAUCACUUGACAAAAAUAUUGAAGCUCAACUAUUGAGACUAGAGGAAGAUAGGAUUCAGAGAAGCAUUUCUGAACUUGGACAACGCCUCAACUGUUUUGUUCUUUGUAAUGGAAGUAGCAAGUGAAAAGUACAGGAUGGAGGUUUGUCAAACCAUUUUGGAGUUGCAAGAAGAGAGAGCAGUUUGUUAUAAUGCUCUGGAACAAGCCUUUCAAGAGUUUGUAAGAAACGAAGCCACUCUUUCUUCAGCGGAACAGUAUAUGAGAGUAUGUCAACAAGUAAAGGUAAGUUUGGAAGAAGAACGUUUUGUGA